UCCGGAGAGUUGGGACCACACUUCUCCACACUGAGGGAAACUCUGGCGGCUCCGCCUGUAAUGCGAUUGGGAGACAGAGGAGGUGGAGCUGCUCCUCCGCGCCCCCUCCUCGCCGCCGCCUCAGCCGGGACCGGCCGGCCCCGUCCCCGCCCUCCAGGACCACUCGUGGGGUCCUUGCCCUGCGGCCCAGGGAGGAGGGACGAAGAGCCGAUGGGGGAGGUCGAGCUUCCCUUUCCAGGCUGCGUUCGGUGCCACCGACAAAGGCAGACUGUGAACCUUGUUGUUGGGCAUCUGCAGAGGGGGACCCCCCACCUCCCUGCACGACCCAGUCGUUGGGUGAUUGAUGAGCGCUCCUGAGCCCUCCAGGGUAUUGCAGAAAUGGUGGACCCCUCCACCCCGCCUGGACACACAAUGCACCACAGCACUGUCCAUGAAUCUCGUCUCCUGAGUGGACCCUGGGAGCCAAGCAGGAGAAGGGGAAGGAAAGGCCAGUUUCCUACUGAUCCCUGUGACUUGGUAGAUGAAGGCUGGGUAUCCCCCCUCCAGAUGUGGAAGGGCAGAGCUUGUUAGCCUCUUUGGUUGGCAAGGACAGCCCCAGGAAGACCCUGGAGGUGCCUUCUCUUUGCAGAUAGACGUUGGGCAGCUGUGGCGUUUGCUGAGAGGUUCAGAGAAAGAUGGGCCCAGAAGAGACCUCAAGGCAGGCCUACGGCCCGGGUACAUGCAGGGUUAGGCUUCGCCUGUGAGUUUGGAUGAGGCCUGAGAUCUUGUGAUCCUGCAAGUUGAGGACAUGAGGCUUGGCUCCAACCAGCCUUUUCAGUCUGCUCUGGCCUGGUUAUUAAUAAAAGUGGGCCUCACACCUUGUCCCUUUGAGAGGCCAAGUGUCCCAGAGAGGGACGUGAGCCCUGUAUCUCCCCUCCUGGCCAAUUCUUUGGCUGUGAAGUGGGGGAUCUCUCCACAAGUAAGGAGCACCUGCUUUGUGCUAAUACCUGUCUUAGUUGCUGGGGCCUCUGAAUCGAAAGCCACUUUUCUUGCCGGCAAGGAGCUUUCAAGUCUAGAAUGGGGAAGGUGGGACAGAGAAAAGUGACCUUGGUUGGUGCCACUCCUGCCAGGCACACACCGUUUCAUAUUUAAUGGUUGGAGCCCUCCUGCCUCCCAUUCUACAAACUGGAUCUGUAAGGCUCAGCCUGAGGCAGAGCUUCUGUCCACACCAGGGUGGUAGCUGGGCAUGUCCAUUCCAUCCACCAUAGGGAUCCUGGGAGGGACAGGGAAGGCUCUCCUGGGAUAUGAUGGUUCAGAGUCAGAGUUAACCAGCUAGAGAGGGAGUGGGCAUUCCAAGCAGGGAGGAGUGUGAAACAGCUCACAGUUCAGACCAGCAGGAGCUAACAGCAUGUGUGGGGGAGCCCUGGCAUGGAUUGGAUGGAAGAGGGCGUGGACUAGAGGGGUUUGACCUUUAUUCUUCAGGCCCGGGGCUGCCCCAGAGACUGGGGAGAGAUAUACUCUGAUUCUGCUUGAAGAUCCUGUGAGGUAGGAGGGGUAGCCUGGAGGGACUGGGGGCUGCUCUGGCCUGUGAAUUCGAAUGCCCAGUAGGGAGAAGAUGUCACUGCCGGGCCUUUCUUCUUUCUCCACCUGCGGUUAAUGGGGAAGAGUCCUGCCUCGGUGACUGAAGAAGCCUGUCACUUUUCCCAGAGUGGCUCAGCCUCCAGCUUCCUUUGUGGCUGGCCAGGAGCUCUUCUGAUCCUUUCCAUCCUCCUGUGGGCCACUUGACCCAGUUGUGAUUUUACAUUUGGGGAGUGUCUUGGUUGCUGCCCCUUGAGGGCUGGAAAACCUUGGCACGCAGUAGGCUCUGAGCAAAUGUUUUUAAGCGAAUAAAGGAGUGACUCUUGGUCUAACCAUGGACACUCUGCCCGUAGCACAUCCCUGAGCAGGAGGUGGCCGGAGGGAGUGAGCAGUAGCUGAGUGCAGGAGAAAGCCUCUCCCAUUCUCAGGCAGACUCUGUCUUCCCAGAGUAAGAAACUUUCCCCCCAUCCCUUGGAAACAAGGUGGGGGGCUUCUGGAACCCUGGCCUUGCCAUAGUCCUGGGUUCACGACUCUCCCUACUAUCCCCUUUCCCCCACCCCCUCGGGUAGCAAACAGAGGCGGCCUUGUUCCUGCUCCCAUAGAGCUGCCCUGUUCUCCACACACUAAAAAUGGAAACCCCCAAGCUAUUUUGGGAGCAGUGCCCAGCUGGGCUGUGGCCACUGCUCCCCUGCUCCCACCAGGCUGCUGGACCCUUCUCUGAGACUUACGCCCAGCCUUCUCAUUGCGGGACAGUCUCAGCAGUACCUUGGCGGGGUCUUGGCUGGGAGGAGCUGACCCUGGGCUGAGGGAAGCUCUCCCUCUUGCAGACUGGCAGCUGGGGGCGGGAGGGGCUGGGCAACGUGGGCUGGGCAGAGGCCGAGUAGAAGUUAUCUCCCGGCCUGGGAGCAGCAUUUCAUCAACCUAGUGUUCCUGACUGGGGACCACCCGGGGCUGGGGAAGAUAGUGUUGCCAUGGUUUUCAGCUCCCAGCAGGCCUUAGCAGGGGCUUACAGGGAGGGAUCUGUGAGGAGAGCAGGGACCCAGGGUCUGAGGAGACCCCGGGGGUGGGCAGCAAAGCUGGACAUGGUGACUUCUGGGACAAGCCUCCCCCAACCCUGGGCCCUGGCUCUGCUCUGACCUGCAGGAGAAGAAAUAGCAAGAGAUAUGCUGGCUUCCAAGGCUCUGUAGGCCUUAGGGCUCGAACCAGGGAAGUGCGCAUGAAUCUGUGUGUGUGGGUGUCUGAAUGUGGGUGGGUGUGACAUCUGCUUGUGUGGAAUGCCUGUUUGUGCAAUAUGUGUGUUUGUGUAAGGAGGUUGUGUCUUUGUGCAGGUGUCUUAAGUGUGUGUGGUAUAUGGCCUGUGUUUCUCUGUGUGUCUGUGCUAUGUGGACGUGUUGCAUCUGCAUGUAUCUGCAUGUGUGCAAGUGCCUGUGUGCUUGUGUGUGGGCGUGUGCAUGCAGUGCCAGUGGCAUGUAUGUUUCUUUGUGUAUGCAAGCUUGUGUUUCCCUAUGUGCCAGUGUCAGUUUGGGCUAGGACGGUCCCUGGCCUGUGUGGUACCUGGGUGCCCUGAUGGAGUUUGGGCAGAGGGUGAGAAAGAGUUCCAGGAAGGGAGAAGGAGCUGCAGAGGGACAGGGCCAUCCUGGGGUGGGGUGGGGCUGGGCUCUGCCAGCUAUGGGGCUCCUUCCUAGCUGCCCUUUCCCAGGCCCUGAGGGUGCCUGGUUCCACUGCCCUCCUCCUCCCUGUGUGGGCUCUGAGGAGGCGUCCCCUGUGGAAUGUGUUUGGUGGCUGAGGGCCAGGCUGGGCCCAGUUCCACUGGCAGGCUGGGCAGCGGGAAGGGGAGCCUGGGCUCCCACAUGCCUGCAGCCCAGCCCCCAGCUUCAUGUUCUGCUAUCUCCCUGGCUAGGUGACUCCCACACAGGUCAUGCUGUUAUCUCCUGAUCCAGUCAGCCCUGCCAGGUGACCAUGCCUGCCCUCGGCCCAGCUCUUCUCCAGGUGUUCUGGGCUGGGUGGGUUCUCACCCUCCAGCCCCCUCCACUGGCUGUUUUUACUCCCAAUGGCACGCAUCUGCAGCAUUUGACACGGGAUCCCACCUCAGGCACUCUCUACCUAGGAGCCACCAACUUCCUGUUCCAGCUGAGCCCUGGGCUGCAGCUGGAGGCUACCGUGUCCACGGGCCCUGUGCUAGAUAGCAGGGACUGCCUGCCACCUGUGAUGCCAGAUGAGUGCCCCCAGGCCCAGGCUACCAACAACCUAAACCAGCUGCUCCUGGUGAGCCCAGGGGCCCUGGUGGUGUGCGGGAGUGUGCACCAGGGGGUCUGCGAGCUGCGGCGCCUGGGGCAGCUUGAACAGCUAUUGCUGCGGCCCGAGCGCCCUGGGGACACCCAAUAUGUGGCCGCCAAUGAUCCUGCGGUCAGCACAGUGGGACUGGUGGCCCAGGGCUUGGCUGGGGAGCCCCUCCUCUUCGUGGGGCGAGGCUAUACCAGCAGGGGUGUGGGGGGUGGCAUCCCUCCCAUCACAACCCGGACCUUGUGGCCGCUGGACCCCCAAAUUGCCUUCUCCUAUGAGGAGACGGCCAAGUUGGCUGUGGGCCGCCUCUCUGAGUAUAGCCACCACUUCGUGAGCGCCUUUGCACGUGGGGCCAGUGCCUACUUCCUGUUCCUGAGGCGAGACCUGCAGGCUCAGUCUAGAGCAUUUCGUGCCUACGUGUCCCGAGUGUGCCUCCAGGACCAGCACUACUACUCCUAUGUGGAGUUGCCUCUGGCCUGCCAGGGUGGCCGCUAUGGGCUGCUUCAGGCUGCGGCUGUGGCCACAUCCCGGGAGGUGGCCCAGGGCGAGGUGCUCUUUGCAGCCUUCUCCUCAGCCGCUCCCCCCACUGUGGGCCGGCCUCCGUUGGCAGCUGCCGGAGCAUCUGGAGCCUCUGCCCUCUGUGCCUUCCCUCUGGACGAGGUGGAUCGCCUUGCUAACCGCACACGAGAUGCCUGCUACACUAGGGAGGGCCGUGCCGAGGAUGGCAUCGAGGUGGCCUAUAUUGAGUAUGAUGUCAACUCUGACUGUGCACAGCUGCCGGUGGAUACCCUGGAUGCUUAUCCCUGUGGCUCAGAUCACACGCCCAGCCCCAUGGCCAGCCGUGUCCCCCUAGAAGCCACACCCAUUCUGGAGUGGCCAAGGGUCCAGCUAACAGCUGUGGCAGUCACUGUGGAGGAUGGACACACCAUUGCUUUCCUGGGUGACAGUCAAGGGCAACUGCACAGGGUCUACUUGGGCCCGGGAAGUGAUGGCCACCCAUACUCCACACAGAACAUCCAGCAGGGGUCUGCUGUGAGCAGAGACCUUACCUUUGAUGGGUCCUUUGAGCACCUGUAUGUCAUGACUCAGAGCACACUUCUCAAGGUUCCUGUGGCCUCCUGUGCUCAGCUCCUGGACUGUGCAUCUUGUCUUGCUCACAAGGACCCAUACUGUGGGUGGUGUGUGCUUCUUGGCAGGUGUAGUCGCCGUUCCGAGUGCUCACGAGGACAGGGCCCAGAGCGGUGGCUGUGGAGUUUCCAGUCUGAGCUGCGUUGUCUGCGAGUGGCAGUUAUAAGUCCUGCCAACAUCAGCCGAGAGGAGCGGAAGGAGGUUUUCCUGUCAGUGCCUGACCUGCCACCCCUGUGGCCAGGGGAGUCCUAUUCCUGCCAGUUUGGGGAUCACCAGAGUUCUGCCCUGCUGACCAGUUCUGGUGUGAUGUGUCCUUCCCCAGACCCCAGUGAGGCCCCAGCACUGCCAAGAGGAGCCGACCACGUGUCCGUGAGCGUGGAGCUUAAGUUCGGUGCUGUGGUGAUUGCCAAAGCUUCGCUCUCUGUCUACGACUGUGGAGCAGUCACUGAGCUCCACCCGUCUGCACAGUGCCAGGCCUGUGUGAGCAGCCUCUGGGGGUGUAACUGGUGUGUCUGGCAGCAGCUGUGCACGCACAAGGCCUCAUGUGACGUCGGACCCAUGAUUGUUAGCCAGCAGAGCCUGCUUCUCUCCCCAGCCCCUCCAGCAAGAGAUGUACCCACCCCCUUCCCAUCCCAAAACCCCCAGGCCCCUGUCACCCCUGCUCCUGACCCCCUUCCCAUGGAACCUGGGGCCCCUUCCACAGCCACAGCCUCGGAUGUCCCACCUGGGGACGGGCCUUCCCUGCUCAGCCCCUGGGGGCCAGGGACAGGUCCUGGUCCCGUACCUGCCUCAGCCUCCACAGAGUCACCUCUCCAUGAGGAACCUCCCCCUCCCGACCCCCCCAACAGACCUGGAACCGCUGUCCCUGCCCCCACUGACUCCGGACCCAUGGCCACACCCGAAGACCUCUCAGCCUCCCACCCAUCGCCCUCAGAUGCAGCAGCACUGCCCCCUGCCCCUGCAGACCCCGGCCCCGAGGCCGACCCCUCUGCGGCACUCCUGGACCAGCCCCCCGGCACUGCUCCCGCCACUACUUUCCCAGGGGCCGCUGGCUCCGUGAAGCCUGCUCUGGACUGGCUCAUGAGAGAAGGCGGCGAGCUGCCUGAGGCGGACGAGUGGACAGGGGGUGACACACCCGCCUUCUCCACUUCCACCCUCCUCUCAGGUGAUGGAGACUCGGCUGAGCACGAGGGCCCUCCUGCCCCCCUCAUCCUCCUGUCCAGCCUCGACUACCAAUACGACACCCCCGGGCUCUGGGAGCUGGAGGAGGUGAACCAGGGGGCCAGCUCCUGCCCUUGUGUAGAUAGUGUUCAGGGCUCCACGUUGAUACCCGUCCAUGUGGAACGAGAAGUCCGGCUGCUGGGCAGAAACCUGCGCCUCUUCCAGGACAGCCCAGGAGACAAUGAGUGUGUGAUGGAGCUGGAGGGCCGCGAAGUGGUGGUUGAGGCCCGGGUCGAGUGUGAGCCACCUCCUGAUACCCAGUGCCAUGUUACAUGCCAGCAGAACCAGCUCAGCUAUGAGGCUCUGCAGCCAGAGCUCCGUGUGGGGCUGUUUCUGCGUCGGGCUGGCCGUCUGCGUGUGGACAGUGCUGAUGGGCUGCAUGUGGUACUGUAUGACUGCUCUGUGGGACAUGGGGACUGCAGCCGCUGCCAAACUGCCAUGCCCCAAUAUGGCUGUGUGUGGUGCAAGGGAGAGCAUCCACGUUGCGUGGCCCAGGAGGCUUGUGGCGAGACUGAAGCUGUGGCCACUCAGUGCCCUGCACCCCUCAUCCACUCGGUAGAGCCGCUGACUGGGCCUGUGGACGGAGGCACUCGUGUCACCAUCAGGGGCUCCAACCUGGGCCAGCAUGUGCAGGAUGUACAGGACACGGUCAGGGUGGCCGGAGUGCCAUGUGCUGUGGAUGCUCAGGAAUACGAGAUCUCUAGUAGCUUCGUGUGUAUCACUGAGGCCAGUGAUGGGGAGGUGGCUGGGGCAGUGACGGUGGAGGUGCCAGGAAGAGGACGCGGUGUCUCAGAGCACGAUUUUGCCUACCAGGACCCAAAGGUGCAUUCCAUCUUCCCGACCCGGGGCCCCAGAGCCGGGGGCACCCACCUUACCCUGCACGGCUCCAAGCUCCUGACUGGGCGGCUGGAGGACAUCAGAGUAGUCAUUGGAGAUCAGCCUUGUCACCUGCUCCUGGAGCAGCAGGCUGAGCAGCUGCGGUGUGAGACCAGCCCAUACCCUGUACCUGCCACACUCCCUGUGGCCGUGUGGUUUGGGGCCACUGAGCGGAGGCUUCUGUAUAGCCAAUUCGAGUACACGUCAAACCCCAAUGUCACCUCUGCUGGCCCUGCCAAGAGCUUCCUCAGUGGAGGACGUAAGGUAUGGGUCCAUGGCCAGAAUUUGGAUGCGGUCCAGACACCAAGAAUCCGAGUGACUGUGGCCCCAAGAACCCUGCAGCCUUACCAGGGGCUUGGGCGGAGGCGCCGUGUGAUCCCGGAAACCGCAUGCUCCCCCGGUGGUUCCUGUGGCGGUCAUCAUUUUGAGGAGCCGUGCCAUGUGAAUUCCUCUCAGCUCAUCAUGUGCCACACGCCUGCCCUCCCAGGCCUGCCUGAGGACCCCUGGGUCCAGGUGGAAUUUAUCCUUGAUAAUCUGGUCUUUGACUUCGCAAUGCUGAACCCCACACCCUUCUCCUAUGAGGCCGACCCCACUCUGCAGCCCCUCAACCCCGAGGAUCCCACCAUGCCGUUCCGGCACAAGCCCGGGAGUGUGCUGUCUGUGGAGGGGGAGAAUCUGGACCUUGCAAUGUCUAAGGAGGAGGUGGUGGCCAUGAUAGGGGAUGGCCUCUGCGUGGUGAAGACGCUGACCCGUCACCACCUAUACUGUGAGCCCCCCAUGGAGCAGCCCCUGCCCCAGCACCAUGCCCUUCGAGAGGCACCGGACGCCUUGCCUGAGUUCACGGUGCAGAUGGGAAACCUGCGCUUUUCCCUGGGCCAUGUGCAGUAUGAUGGCGAGAGCCCUGUGGCUUUUCCCAUGGCAGCCCAGGUGGGCUUGGGGGUGGGCACCUCUCUUCUGGCUCUGGGUGUCAUCAUCAUUGUCCUCAUAUACAGGAGGAAGAGCAAGCAGGCCCUGAGGGACUAUAAGAAGGUCCAGAUCCAGCUGGAGAAUCUGGAGAGCAGUGUGCGGGACCGCUGCAAGAAGGAGUUCACAGACCUCAUGACUGAGAUGACCGAUCUAACCAGUGACCUUCUGGGCAGUGGCAUCCCCUUCCUUGACUAUAAGGUGUAUGCUGAGAGGGUCUUCUUCCCUGGGCACCAGGAGUCACCCUUGCACCGGGACCUGGGUGUACCUGAGAGCCGGCGCCCCACUGUGGAACAAGGCCUGGGGCAGCUCUCCAACCUGCUCAACAGCAAGCUCUUCCUCACCAAGUUCAUCCAUACCCUGGAGAGCCAGCGCACCUUCUCAGCUCGGGACCGCGCCUAUGUGGCAUCUCUGCUCACCGUCGCACUGCAUGGGAAGCUUGAGUACUUCACCGACAUCCUCCGCACCCUACUCAGUGACCUGGUGGCCCAGUAUGUGGCCAAGAACCCCAAGCUGAUGCUGCGCAGGACAGAGACUGUGGUGGAAAAGCUGCUCACCAACUGGAUGUCCAUCUGCCUAUACACGUUCGUGAGGGACUCGGUAGGGGAGCCUCUGUACAUGCUUUUCCGUGGAAUUAAGCAUCAAGUGGACAAGGGACCAGUGGACAGCGUGACUGGCAAAGCCAAAUACACCCUGAAUGACAACCGCCUUCUCAGAGAGGAUGUGGAGUACCGUCCCCUGACCCUGAAUGCACUGUUGGCUGUGGGGCCUGCCGCGGGAGAGGCCCAGGGUGUGCCUGUGAAGGUCCUGGACUGCGACACCAUCUCCCAGGCCAAAGAGAAGAUGCUGGACCAGCUUUAUAAAGGAGUGCCUCUCACCCAGCGGCCAGAUCCUCGCACCCUGGAUGUUGAGUGGCGGUCUGGGGUGGCUGGGCAUCUCAUUCUUUCUGAUGAGGAUGUCACUUCAGAGGUCCAGGGUCUGUGGAGGCGCCUGAACACCCUGCAGCAUUACAAGGUCCCAGACGGAGCAACUGUGGCCCUGGUCCCCUGCCUCACCAAGCAUGUUCUCCGGGAAAACCAGGAUUAUGUCCCUGGAGAGAGGACUCCCAUGCUGGAGGAUGUGGAUGAGGGGGGCAUCCGACCCUGGCACCUAGUGAAGCCAAGUGAGGAGCCGGAGCCUCCUAGGCCGCGGAGAGGCAGCCUUCGGGGCGGGGAGCGUGAGCGAGCCAAGGCCAUCCCUGAGAUCUACCUGACUCGCCUACUGUCCAUGAAGGGCACCCUGCAGAAGUUUGUGGACGACUUAUUCCAGGUGAUACUCAGCACCAGCCGUCCCGUGCCACUUGCUAUUAAGUACUUCUUCGACCUGCUGGAUGAGCAGGCCCAGCAGCACGGCAUCUCUGACCAGGACACUGUCCAUAUCUGGAAGACCAACAGCCUGCCGCUAAGGUUCUGGAUAAAUAUAAUAAAAAACCCGCAGUUUGUGUUCGACGUGCAGACAUCUGAUAACAUGGAUGCAGUGCUCCUGGUCAUCGCACAGACUUUCAUGGAUGCCUGCACUCUGGCCGACCACAAGCUGGGCCGGGACUCCCCCAUCAACAAACUUCUAUAUGCUCGAGAUAUUCCCCGUUAUAAACGGAUGGUGGAAAGGUACUACGCAGACAUCAGGCAGACUGUCCCUGCCAGUGAUCAAGAGAUGAACUCCAUCCUGGCUGAGCUGUCUCGGAACUACUCUGGGGACCUCGGGGCACGAGUGGCCCUGCAUGAGCUCUACAAGUAUAUCAACAAGUACUACGACCAGAUCAUCACAGCCCUGGAGGAGGACGGCGCAGCUCAGAAGAUGCAGCUGGGCUACCGGCUCCAGCAGAUCGCUGCUGCUGUGGAGAACAAGGUCACAGACCUGUAGGGACCUGGCUAGCCCUGGCUUGCCAUUGCCUCAGCCCUGCCUGAGCAGCCCGGGAACCGUGAGGGAGAAGUCACCUUCUUAGAUGCCUGUAGUGCCUGACAAGCAGAGUUAGUGGAAGGUGGCUUCCAGUCUCCUGGGGCCUCUGGCCUGGGCCCUGCUGGACCUACCUCGCCGGCCUGGGGCCUUCAGGCUGACCGGGUGGUGCCCAGCCUGCUCCCUGAGCCCAGUGACCCUGUGGGCUGUUUUGUAUGCGAGGUCUGUGUGUGGGGAGUCAGGGACUAAGGGCUUCCGGAGAGUGGCUGGAAGGGCCUCCAGCCCCUGGAGAGACUGUACUGUUCCUGAACACUGGCCUUUAUCCCACUGGGAUUCGGAAGGAGAGGAGGAGAACCCCACUUCCUGUCCCAUCCUCCUCCAUCAUCCCUGACCUCAAUUUAGUUGCCUCCGGCCUUGCUGCUGCCACGUCCCUAGGUCCGAGAGAUGAAUGCCCUUGCUAGGCCACUGCAGACUGACUCCUCUGCAGGGCUGGCUGCCUCGGGGCCACCGUGCCUCAGAGGCAGCCAGUGGUGAGGGGCACCUGCUGCAGGGGCCUGGACGAGAGUGGUGGCCCCACUGACCCAGCUCUUCAUUAAAGGAUAACACUCUGAA